CGAGAGGGCGCCCUAACUUCCGCUGCGCAAUCGGACAACAAAAACAGCAGUAUGGCCGAUUUCGAUGCGAUUGAGUACGCAGAGGACCCCGAUUUCAACGGGGAAUACUCCGAAAGUACGGUAGUAAGUCACGUUCCGGACCCUGUGAUGGUCAGAGGAUCGGGUCAUGUAACAAUAUUUGGUUUGAGUAAUAAAUUCAACUCGGAAUUCCUACAAGAACUUGCAGCAAAGGUUGCGCCAGAGGAAUUCAAAGGUACUGUGGAGCGAAUCAAUGCCGUUCUCCACAAGACGAUGCCGAUGACACUCAAGUGGCUGGUGUGUGGAUGUUUAUGUUGCUGCUGCACGCUGGGGUGCUCACUCUGGCCCGUCGUGUGUCUGACUAAAAGGACGAGACAUAUGGUACAGAAAGCACUCGACUGGGAGAACAGCAAGAUGUACCACAAACUGGGCCUGCACUGGUCUCUAUCCAAAGAGAAAUGUGAAUCAAGUAAUAUGAUGGAAUAUGUUUUAAAGAUAGAGUUUAUACCAAAGGUCUCCAUCCUCAAGCCAGAUUGAUGUACUUUCACAGAUAACUAAAUAUGUGUGAAAUCACUCUUUGCUCUUCAUCAUGUUUGUGCCCUUUACACCUCAUCACCUUAGUUGUACUAUAUUUUGGUGAGUAUAGACAUUAUGCUGAAUGUGGAGUUCGAGGGCAAUAGUUUUGUAUUUCUGGGAUCUAUAGGCAUUGUGAAAAAAAUAAAUUACUAAGGUCUAUCAGGAAUGAGUUUGAGCAUUAUGAUUUUUGUGAGCAGGGAUUUCGCUUCAUAGUAUCAUGGUCGCAUUUUAGUUCUGUAGCGUGAGACUUAAAAAUGCAAUAUGGUACUAAUUUAUUUUCAUAGCUGUCGAUGCAGUAGGUUCUGGUCGUUUAGCCAUUUACACCAAAAUAUACACAUUCCGUGUGUCACUACAAAAAUGAUAUCAUAUGUGCAAGUAUCAGUGGCAGAAUAGAAAUGAGCACUGUUUUAUCUUAUGCGGGUCGGUCGUGAAUUGAAAAAAAUAAUCCAUAGAACUGCUGACUUGUUUUAUUUUUUAAACAAAGAAGCAUUUGUUUUCAUUUUCCCAAAAUUAUAUGAAAUGUUGUGCACAAAGUCAUGAUCCCAGUCUUUUUUGAAAUCUUUCAACCACUCAGCAUUGCUACCUAUAGUAAGUUCACAGGUACUGUUCAGUGUUUAACAACCAUGUAAAAAGUGGAUUGUAUCAUUAUUUAUUUCAACUGUGAUCUUCUGAUAAAAAUAUCGGAAGAAAUUUGUACAAAGGUGAGAUAUUACAAGUGACAUACAUUAUUUUUUAAAGAGAAGAGUCAAGUUGUCAUCAUGUGAUGAUGAUUGAUGUAAUGAUGUACAUAAACUUUAAAUGAUGUACAAAAAUGUAGGGCAGUAGUUGUUAUACUGCAUAAUUAUAAUUUGCUUAUUUUUACUUUAAAAAAAGAGAAAUAUUUCGUUACCCUACUUUGUGGGUCCAGAUAUUCUAUUCAAUUCAUUCAUUCAACAUUUAUUUCCAUAAUACCGGCUUUUCUGUACAAUAGAAUAGAAUUUACAUUACAUCAAACUGAGAAUUGCAAUGAGGAAGGCAAAUAUGGAGCAUAUGCUGAAACCCGGGUUUAUAAAGAAAUGUUUUGUUUAACCAAUAUCCUCCCAUCAACAACUGUAAAGGGUAGAAUCUUUUUUUUGUUAUCUGGUAUUUGUUUGUAAGAGGUGUAUGGUACAACUUCAAGAAAAGUUGUCAUAAUAGUGCAAAUUACUUUUUCAACCAGCAUGCAACGUUUCCUCGGAUCCGCUAAUUUGCUCGUUUUUACUUCUCAUGAAUGCCAUUACAAAUUGAAAAACACUGUACAAAUUCUUUUAUGUAUUCUGUAAAGCCUCCUCCCCCAACAAAAUGUUUUGUUAAGCAAAUAAAGCAGGUAAAGUGGAGAAAAUCCAAGUCACACUUUAUAUCAGCUCUGAACAAAAAAGAGCUUUAAAAUAGUUCUUUCCCACCAAAUUUGUGUACUAUUAUUGAAACUUUUUGCGUGUUUUGUCUUUUUUGGUUUUCUUUGCAAAAAUGUUUCACUGCUAUCCACCAAAAAGUAACAUCCACAUUUUAACCUUUUUUAUACUAUGCUACAACGGAUUUUAAGUUAUGGAAAUGGCAUUACUUCUAUGUGCUGGGACACCCAUUGGUUAUGCAGAACUAAACAUGAAGUUGUUAUGAUUCAAAUAAAUUUGUACUCAGUGUUCAGAAUAAAACCCUGGUUAGAAAUUGAAGAUA